CGCUUGCUUCACGCUGCGGCUUAUCCUUCGACGUCAUUUCCGCUACAGUUCACAGCGUUGUUGUUAGUAAAAUUACAGGAACGCCCUGUUACAGUGAGCGGUAAAGGAAACCGUCGGACCGAAAUGCAUCUUAACGACAAUAACAACUAGCAAACUUAGCGGUGUUGUUACAUGGCAACGACGGCUGUUUACUGCACGUUCAGUCACAAAUUCAAACUCACAACCCACCAAAGAGAAUGAUCAAGAGUUUGCCCAAAGAUGUUCAAGCACAGCUGCGCUCUGGCGUUACUAUUUUCUCAUUGCAGCAAUGUGUGGAGGAGCUCAUAUUGAACAGCAUCGAUGCUGGAGCAACAUGUGUGGCUGUCAAAAUAGACAUAGAGGCCUGCAAGCUUCAGGUGAUCGACAAUGGCACGGGAAUGUGCUGGGAAGACAUGGAAAGAGUGGGUCUACGAUAUAACACAAGCAAAUGCAGCUCGUUGGAGGAUCUGGAAAAUCUCUGCUUUUAUGGGUUCAGAGGGGAAGCGAUUUCCAGUAUCGUCUCUCUUGCAGAAAUGGUCGAAAUAUCAUCAAGGACUAAGCUGUCGGUGAAAACAUAUGUUAAAACUUUUAAUGAAACAAAUGCACUGGAUGUUGUUGAAGCUCAAACCGUUCGUCCCUCCGUAGGGACGACCGUAUCUGUCUACAAUCUCUUCCACAACAUGCCAGUUCGAAGAAAGAGAAUGGAUGCUGUUUUAGAAACCGAACGCAUCCGUCAGAGAGUGGAGGCCAUAUCUCUGAUGCACCCUUCUGCGUCAUUUACAGUGAAAAAAGAAAAUUCAGCCCACAUGAUGGUGCAGCUCUCUAAAACAAGCAGUACCUAUUACAGGUUUGUGCAGAUUCAUGGCUUGAGUCGAGCUCAAAAGCUCGGAGAGGUCAAUUACGUCCAUAAGCAGUUCGAAAUGACCGGUCACAUCGGCCGUGAUGGUCACUACAAUAACAGCUUACAGUUCCUGUUUGUAAAUGGGAGGCUUCUUCUGAAGACAUGCAUUCAUAAAACACUCAACUGGCUUUUGAAGAGAGUAAGCAGUGCUGCCAGACAAAACAACAGCCCAACUGCAUAUCCGUUAACAUCGAGCCCCAAACAAAGGGGCGGAUGUGAUCUCCACGGCGUCUAUGUGUUGAAUAUCAAAUGUCAUUACUCAGAGUAUGACAUAUGCCUCGAACCAGCCAAGUCUUUGAUAGAGUUCAAAGACUGGGAUAGUGUGCUCAUCUGCAUUGAAGAAGGUGUCAAAGCAUUCCUUACUAAAGAAAACCUGGUGGCAGAGUUUUCUAUGAAUGGCAGCGAUGGUCCAUCAAGUAGUCCAGUGAGGAAUGCAAAGACUCCUGUGGCAAUACAAAAUCUCAGUGCUGAGGAAACAUGUGAAGAGUGUGAUGCAUUGUCUGAGAUGAAGGAUAAUGCAAGUACUGCGGACGUCUCUGGUGGUGUUCAGAUGUUGGAGAAUGUGUCAACAAACACUGAAACCUUCUCCAGUGAAGAAUCAGAAGCAGAAAAAGUGCUUCAGGCUGAAUUGUCUUUGCGGACCACGUUUGCAGAUGCUACAGAAAUUAAUAACAAUUGCAAAGAAGAUGAAAGUGCAGUUUGUCCAAAUAUAAGCCAUAAUGAUUUGCCAGUUAACAACCUGAUGGGAAGCAAAAACCAAAAGAUUUCAAUUAUAGAUGGAAAAGAGGCAGAAGAUAGUUUGAAAAAAUUCUGCUUUCCAAAUAGAAUUUCUCCAAAAAAAAGGAAGUUGGCGUUAAAUGACACUGAAGACGACAAACAUGGUUUUUAUGGUACCAACUCAAAGACUUCCAGAGCUGCUCCAUGUCGUAAAUUAGCUCUGUCUUUUGAAACGGGAUCUCUUGACAAGUUCAAAAGGUUGUUUGGGAAGGGUGCUGAGAAAAAACAACCAAGUACGGAAAAAACAAACCUUUUAAAUCCAGUGUCUUCUCGAAAAUACAAUGACUGCUUUGUAGGAACUACUUGGUGUUUAGAAGAUUUAGACAAGCCCUUAUUGAGGAACAUAUCAGGUGCUCAUUCUCCAUAUAGUUCUGAAUGUUCUGCUGAAUCUUCAUCAUGGAACAAGGCAGACAAACUGUCAUUGGCUGCCAAAUGUUCCUAUUUAAAACAAGACAAACAGCCAUUCAGCAAGGUCAGCAGAAAUACAGACUUUCUUACUAUGGAAAAUUCAUACUUCCCAGUUGUGGAAGACUCACACUUUCAAGAAGAGUCCUGUGAAUUAGAAAAAAGCCUCUUAGAAGAUGUUUUAUUUGGAUCCACUGGAACUGUUGAUUCAGUUGUCCAUGAAACUCCAAUCUUCACUCUAAAUGAGCAGGACGCAACAAUACCGGACACUUCCUGCGUUUUAGAAGACGCACACCUCUGCAACAAAAAUGUGACUUCCUUUGUAGGAAGUGUGAACUGUGUUAAUGAAGCCAGCGUAACCUCUCAGCAUGAUCCUCAGUGCAGCAACACAGGAAAUGAAGGUCAGGCUACAAAUGAAUGUGUUGAAACAAUCCCAAUGUCCAGCAGCUGGCUGGCUCAUUAUGACAGUUGGUUAGGAAAGCUGGUUUACAUCAACCAAGUUACAGGGCUCAGCAAAUACAACUCUCCUCCUGUGGAGGAGACUCAAGUGCCAUGUACCACAGAUGUCACUAACAUGGCGGUCAGUGUUAUUUCAAGAACAGGAUUUGAGUACAGGUGUUAUCCAUUUCACACAGACAUUGUACUUCCCUUUCUGCCCAAGCCCAGAGCAGAAAGAGCCCUUAACUCAGGGAUAGACAGCAGAGAAGAUGCCCAAUGUCCCGAUUCACUAUCGACUUUAUUCUCAGAAUGGAGUAACCCAGUGUUCAUACGGCCUCCAGAGGUUGCUGUGGAUGUAACCAGCGGUCAAGCUGAGGGUCUUGCUGUAAAAAUCCACAAUAUUCUUUACCCCUACCGGUUUACCAAGAAUAUGAUCCACACAAUGAGAGUCAUCAAUCAAGUGGACAAGAAGUUCCUUGCUUGUUUGAUAAACACAACAGAGCAGGAAGCCUCUGAAAGCUGUACAAAUGAAGGAAAUCUUCUAGUGUUGGUUGAUCAACAUGCUGCCCAUGAAAGAGUUCGACUGGAGGGGUUGGUAACAGACUCCUAUGAGGAUGACCCAGACACACCUGGAAAAAAAAGGCUGUGUUCUUCAAGUGUAAUCCCACCCUUAGAGAUUAACGUAACCGAGGAGGAAUUGAGACUUCUGAGGUCUUGUCAGGCCUUCCUGAGGGGUCUUGCGUUAGAUGUAAGUUUCCCAAAGAGUGAGUCACUGAAUGUGUUUUUGGAGAGACUUCCCACAUGUUUCAUAGAGAAAGAAAGCACAGAGCUCCGCCGUGGAAGACGGUCGGUCAUUAAAACCAUUGCAGAGGACUAUCUGCGAGAACACAUUGAGCUUCUCCGCUCAACAGGAAGAGUGAGGGGAAUGCUGCCUUUGACAGUUCAUAAUGUGCUCGCCUCACAAGCUUGUCAUGGAGCAAUUAAGUUCAAUGACAUUUUGAGUAAAGAGGAGUGCUGUAGUCUGGUGAGCUCGCUCUCCUCUUGUCAGCUUCCCUUCCAGUGUGCUCACGGAAGACCUUCAAUCGUCCCUUUGGCUGAUCUUCACCACCUGGAAGAGCCACAGGAUCUUCCCAAACCAAAUCUGAGGAAAUUGAGAAGAAUGUACAAGUCAUGGCUGCUCUAUGGACAAGAUCAAUCUAUUGCACAAAACAAAACAUGAAUUUACAAGCACUUUACGCUUUUGUAUUAAAUUAUUUAAUUUAAAAGAAAUAAUCUGCUUCUGUUAAUUGCUGGGCGGCUUUUAUUAUGUUUCACCCUUUGGCGCAUACACUGCUCUGAGAUAGAGU